CACGGGUCAAACGAUGACAAAGACCGCCAGCUAAGAGUUGUGUGCUUAGCUGGUAGUGCAGCCUGGGCACUGUUGUCCUUCUGACUUCAGCUAGAUUGAGGAGGUACGUCCCGAGCGUCUGUUCACCAAGGAGGUGCGGCUCAAACAGCGUCUGUUCUGGCAUCCAGCGGCUGAGUAUGAAAUGCUGUAUUGCGUCAGCUAUACCUAAGAAGGCAGCCCCUUCAACGCAAUGUAGGCAGCGCGGCCCCGGUAAGGUAGCCUGCUGAAAACCUUCAAACACUCAGAAAAGCAAUAGUAUCGUUGUAAUAUUGAACAACAAAUUCGACAGCACAUCACCCUGCUUCAUAAUCCAUCUAAGGUUACGAAUGACGUCGAAACGGCAUCCGCAUUCCAUAUAUUCGAUCCAUCAAGCGUGGUACGAGUCAGCCUAAUCAGUUUCGUCGGAAAAUCGUGUAUUAUCAUUGUCAUUUCUUUUCUCUUAACCGUACGCUGCUUUGAAAUUUUCAAACAGAUGGUGCGUCUGUGAGUUGUACAUGUACUCCCGGAAUUUAUCUAGGAUUUGUCGCAUAUUAAACGUCUGAUCAAUCGUCAUUGAUCAGCCAUUACGAAAACCAGUUUGGUAUUCGCCGACGAAAGGCUCCCCUAACGGUUUCAACUUGUUGAACAGAAUGCGUGACAUAAAUUUGAACGCCGAAUUUAGAAGUGUUAUUUCUAGCUAGUUGGGGCACUCCAGCCUGUGUCCCUUUUAGUUCGUCCUAUCCAGUAGCUUGAUAAUCUCAUCCAUUGUCGGAGACACCACAGCUUCUCUAUCGUUACAGGUGCUUAAUCUGUUCGUCGAUAUGCUAACGCUCUCUUCAUUCAUCAGCCAGUUCGGUUCAGGAACUUUUCGCAAAAGCAAUUGUUCGCCUUUUUUGGAUAUAGAGUAUCUUCGUGCUUGCCAUACGAUAUACACAUGCAAAUAAUGAUCAUUGGCAGAGAAUGCUCCUAAUUAAUUAAUAAUUACAAACAGGCUUUGUCACAGUUGGGACGUUACGCCAAGAAGCAGAAGAAGAAACCAUUGAUUGCUUUCCUAUUACUACACCUUUGCCUGGUUCAAUGACACUAGAUACGUUUCGACUCAUGACAAACACUGAGAUAUCGAAAUUCGGCCAUUAUCUUAUCAUGCGAUAAUUUUGCAACUGCAUUAAUCGAUGCAUUUGCGCUUUGUCCCAAAAAAAAACAACUGAAUGCAGUGCAAAAUUAGCAAUGAAUCGAAGCGGUGGUGGUGAUGCGGCGGAAGAAGAUAUUCCUCUGGAACGUCGUCAUCGAUCUGAACGGAGAAACGGUUCCUCCGAAGGCGAUGGCAACAAAGAAAGAUUCGCUCAGAAAAUAGACCUGCACAGCUACACCGGACUAACGACCAUUCUGGUCGUUAACCUGCAGCAGCUGUACUUGAUGUUCUCGGUAGGACCGGACUUGGGAGCAAUGUUCUACAUUCUAACCGUUUUGGCGUCUAUAUCUGCCAUACUUGUGAUCGCUCUUCUCCCCAUCCGUUACGUUCUGGAAAAAGGUCUGUCAUCAACUGUUCUCUACUACACCAGUCUGGCACUGUACGUCCUGAGAGCAUCGCCACGGGCGUCCCUAUCUGGGUCCCUAUCCCUAUUUCCGGGCCCUGAAUAGGGACCCAUGUUCACACCGGUGGUAUCUAAACGGGAAUGGAAAAUAAGGACGCGACAUGGGAUUAGUGAUGGGUUUCCACAUUUGGGGACCCACUCAAAUCUUGCACUGAGUUGCUAUUCCGAUGGUUUGUGUGACGUCAUUUUCUUUAUUUAUAUUUUGUGGUGAAGUAAGCUGAGCAGUGGUGUGGAAAAUGAACAGCAGUGGAUCAAUAAAGCAUGAGGUGAAUAUUGAUGCACUUUGUCUUACGUGACUAGAUGUUUUCCAGCACCCUAUCACAAACAAACAGACACAACACUAAUAAUUCCCACGUACACCGAUUCAACGGUUUAUUGAAAAAUUUAAUAGUUGACCAACUGCCCAUCUGUGGCGCUCGCAGCGUUUAUGUUCAAGAUUUACAUUCGCUCACAGUUGUCACCUAGUUUAUGAUUGGCCACUCUAUUGGCCAAGCUCAGUCCUUUAAGAUUGGGUGAAUAUGUUUCCACGACUAUGAUUUUGAAUAGCAAACGUAUCACUUGAAAGAAAUUGCUAUUAAAAUCAUCGUCAUGUAAACAUAAUCACCAAUGGCAAACACGCUAUUUCACAAAACGCUCAGUAGGUGCCGGUAGUGAGCGAACGUCAAACAGGAGCAAAAAUUAUGUGAGCGCCGUCUGCGAACAAUUUGCAUACUACCAAGCAUACUACAGAAUAUUUGAUUUGAAUAUUCUUUAAAAAAUAAAACGAUAAGAAAUGACUAGAGGGAGACUGGAGACAUAUGCUUGUCUGUGACGAAAUGUUAGAAGUGUUGCGUGUGUUUGUCUGUGACCCUUCAUGCCUUUGUGACUUUAUGCAAGAUUAAUCAAAAGCCAUAAGGGCAUAUUUUAUUUGUUUCAGUUAGUACUACGUCCGAUAAAAGUAAGGACCACUUUUAGCAACGCACGGUGGAAAAUCAAUAUGUUUUUCAAGUCCCUAAACCCAAAAUAGAAACCACUGGUGGGAAGGUGGGGUGCUAUCUUAAAAUAGCACCCGACAAGGAGUGGUGUAAUAGGGAUAGCGAUGAGGACUCCCGUGGCGAUGCUCUGAUACUGGUGUUCAACAUAGCUCUGCAAAUUUUCGACCAAACCGUGGAGAAAUGCCAAGUGCUCUUGAAUCAACCGCUACCGCCGGUUCAGAUUAGUAAUAACAUCCCGAAAAAGUGAGGACUUCAGUUUGAAUACGUCAUUAGUAUGAAAUACACAUUUAUUGAACAAUUUUAGUUAUAGUCUGUAGAUUUUGGUGGAGGCAUAUGUUAAAUUAGUGUUAAUAAUAAAAUAAGAAAGAUACAUAAAACUUAUAACUCGAAUAGAUAAAUUGUCUUUAUAGUAAACGAACAAGAAGCAAUGCUCAAAACAUA